AUGACCCAACCGGUUAGAGGUAAUGCCUGGAACAUCUGCGCAGGCCGAGCCCUGGACCUCUGUUUCGUGCUUAUCAAUCCCACAACGGUGCGAUGCGUAAUCAAGGAGCUACUGUCUUACCUUGAAAACUGCGACGCAGAGUUCAAGUCCGACGUCUGCUCCAAGAUUAUCACCGCCGUAGAGAAGUAUUCACCCAACAAACGCUGGCAUGUGGAUACCACGUUGAUGGUCCUGAAGUUGGCUGGCAAUCGCGCACGAGACGAUGUUAUGGCGUCAAUGGUCUACCUCAUUUCCCAAUCACCGGAGCUGCAUGCCUAUGCGACUGUGCAUUUGUACAAAGCAAUGCGUGAGAGUAUAACUCAGCAACCCCUAGUACAGGUAUGUGUUUGA